GAGAGAAGAGAGAACGUGUGGGGGAGAGAGAGAGAGCGACAUGGACUGAGUGAUUCAGGAUGUCAGGCUGAGGCUGAGCCAGGGUUCGUGCACAGCUACUGCUGUCACUCUUUAACUAGUAUGUAAUGAGCUAACUUACGCUGCGCUCCUGUAGUACGUAGUUGUAGGAGUGUUUCUCGACUGGUACUCGUCUGUUUGGUUUCUCCUAUUCUACAAGUGCACGCUGCUGCUGCUGUAAGCUACAACAGCGCCACGCCGUAAGACCCAUGUCAAACAGCGCUGCUCGCUGAGCGGAGCGGCUGCUGCCUCGGCUCCGAAACACCACCGAGGGUAAGAGAGGCUUGAGUCGGUGUCAGCGUGGAUGUGGAUGUGGAGGUGAACACGAAUGAGACGGAUAAACGGUUCGCUUGUCCUUUAUUUUAAUCACCGACUGACACAAGAAAGGAGCUGUGUUGUGUCCAGCCAUGGAAGAGGGACGGAGAUUUCUGCACGGAUGCUCUUCUUUCUUGCCUUAACUCUCCUUAAACGGACUAAAUGGACACGAUGCUGCUCGCCUCCGCCGCGGUGGUGUGGGAAUGGCUGAACGAGCACGGACGCUGGCGGCCCUACAGCCCGGCCGUGUCUCAUCACAUCGAGGCGGUGAUACGAAGCGAUCCCCGGGGCGGCAGCGUCGUGCUAGGCCAAGUCGACAACCGCCUCUCGCCCUAUAUCAUCGACUUGCACUCAAUGCACCAGUUCAGACAGGACACAGGUACGUUAAGGCCAGUACGUCGGAGUUUCUAUGAUCCUACUUCAGCACCUGGCCAGGGCUGGCUGUGGGAGUGGGAGAAUGAUACUGGUUCUUGGACGCCGUACGACAUGGAGGUCUGCAUUGCUCUCCAGGCAGCGAAAGAUCGCCAGCAACCCUGGCUGGACAUGGCACCACUUGGCUUUUGCUACCUCGUGGACUUCCAGAGCAUGACUCAGGUCAACCGGCAAACACAGAGACGCCGCCGCAUUCAGAGACGUUCUGACAUAGCUUACCCGCUGGUCUCUGGGCCCUUGCCAAAAGCCUCCCAGGGUUGGAGUACUGGUGCUGGAGGGGCUGCUGGCGGAGUGACCUUAGGUGGAGGCUCCACUGGAGCACUUCUGGGGGUAGGAGUGUCUGGCGCUAGCUCAACUGAUAACGGGAGUGCAAUCUAUCCUAGUGGAACUCUUUCAAUGUCGUCCCUUGCUCCACCUGGACAGCCAUGUGCCUGCCAACAGUGUAUGCUAGUCUUAAGUGUGAAGGCAAAUGCCAUGUCUUCACACACAUUGGGGCGCAGAGCUCCGCCAACAAGGCCGCCAAGUCCUAAAUCCAGCCUAGGAACACUUCCGUCCUUGUCAAUGACUUCAUCUAUGUCUAAUUCAUAUUCACAAACACUGCCUCAUGGGCUGUCCUUUAACCGCUCCCUCUCACAAGAACGAAAGAAUGCCGCUGCCUUUGCUCACUCUCUAUCCAUGCUCACCUCAAACACUGCCACACUUUCACUGUCCUCCAAUCGCCCACCUCCUCCGCCUUUACCCCCUCCUCCGCCUCCACAGGCGUCCAACCAGCAGCCUUCAACCGUGCCAAACUGCUCGUCGUCGACAUCUCCUCCCUCUGUGCCAACUGCAACGCUCAUCACUGUGGCGUCAAGCAACACUUCAUGUUCGCCUUCAACAACAGUUCCGCCUCAGCGUUCCGCGGCCUGUGCCGCUCCUCUGCCUCCUCGUGCCAGUCUUGCAGGGCUGAGCCGGCCAGCACUGCAGAGAAUUGCCAUGGCGCAAUCCCGUGCGCUUAUUGCCUCCGGAGUACCGACAGUACCAGUGAAGAACCUCAAUGGAUCCAGCCCUGUACAUCCAGCGUUAGCAGGGAUCACAGGUAUACUGAUGAGUGCGGCAGCACUGCCUGUGUGUUUGACUCGUCCUCCUAAACUGGUGCUGCACCCUCCUCCUGUCAGUAAGGGUGACAUCAAACCCAUCCCUGGCCUUGGACACUGCUGCCGCAAAACCACCAAAAAGCAGGCUCGCAAGGGCAAGACUCCAGAAGAAGUGGUGAAGAGGUACUUGCAGAAAGUCCGGAAUCCUCCUGAAGAGGACUGCACUAUCUGUAUGGAAACUCUGACCGGCCCUUCAGGGUAUAAAGGCCCAGGCGUGGGUGGUGUAUCGCGUGCGGAGUCAGUGGGUCGACUGGCACAAUGUGGCCAUCAGUACCAUCUGCAGUGCUUGGUCGCCAUGUACAACAAUGGCAACAAAGACGGCAGCCUGCAGUGCCCCACGUGUAAGACCAUCUAUGGUGUGAAAACGGGCAACCAGCCACCUGGCAAGAUGGAGUACCAUGUCAUCCCACACUCACUCCCAGGACACCCUGAUUGCAAAACCAUUCGCAUCAUUUAUAACAUACCACCUGGCAUACAGGGCCCAGAGCACCAGAACCCGGGAAAGCCGUUUACUGCACGAGGAUUUCCACGCCACUGCUAUCUUCCAGACAGUGAGAAAGGAAGAAAGGUAUUGAGGCUUUUGCUGGUAGCUUGGGACAGGCGGCUAAUCUUCUCAGUGGGCACCUCCAGCACCACUGGCGAGUCAGACACUGUCAUCUGGAAUGAAGUCCAUCACAAGACAGAGUUUGGUUCCAACCUGACAGGCCAUGGCUACCCUGAUCCAGGCUACCUUGACAAUGUGCUGGAAGAGCUAAAGGCCCAAGGCAUCGCUGAGGAGGAUGGACAGCAGCUGUGAGGAGCAGGAGAAAGGAGCAGGGGGAGUCCGGGGUUCAAACAAAAGAAGAAGGCUGGAUUGCUGGGAAGUGGACUUCUUGAAUGGGGGAGGGAUUACUGGACAGUUUUUGUGGUUGGAGGGUAGGGGUGCUUUUUAUUUGGUAGGAUUUUUAGGGCACAAAUGUGUGUCUGUGUGUGUUUGUGAGAGUAAGCGUGAUAGAGAAAGAGCAUGAAAUGAUAGCAGUGACUUCUGAGGAAAUAUAACAGAUCAGAAGUUGCUUGUUGCUAUAUCAGCCUAGUAUUACAAAAGUCGGUACAUUUAAUGACUGCCCAGGUGUGCCAAGCUGGACAGCUAUUCUCCCUCUGAGCUGAGUUCCACUCAUAGACUAACGCUUCAGCUUGUAACAUACAGAUGAUCCAGAAGAUCUGGAUAAGCCAGAAUGGGUGUGUUUGAUUGUACUGUGCACUCUUGAAGAGAUCUCAUAUUUACGUGCUUAUAGAUCCAAAUGGGUAGGUUUGGGUAACAAGUUAUAGUUAAAGAGUUUAGUGCCGUAGCACUAAUAGCAUUGAACUAGUACAGUAAAGUAGGCUGUAAUUGAAAGGUGUAUUGAAUUGAAAGUUUCAUAGAAUGAUGGAAAUGAAGAAAUGUUGUAUGAAAGAUUAGAAUGGUAAAGUAAUGAAAUGACAGACAGACAUAUAGAAGGGACUGAGAGAAGGAAUGAGUAAUGGAAAGGCCAAAGAAAGUAGUUUUAACCCCAUUUGCUAAGAAAAGGCACUUGUCUAGUGGAAGCCGUAAUGAGAGAUUGUGCCUGUGUGUGUGUUUGUGUGCGAGUGCUAAAAAGUCAGAUGUGAGGAGAAAGACAAAUAAACCUGCUUGUGCCCUCAAAUGAUUCCUUUAUCCUAAAACAUUCCUUUUUUAUGGCCACUUAUGCUUGAAAGUUACAUACACAACAAGCAUCAUGAGUACUUAAUUUGCAUUAUGAUUGCUAUUAUCAUGUAAUACAUUCCUUGUGUUUGAUUUAUCUACUCAUAUUUUAUUGUUAUUUUUUUGUAAAUGUCAUGACGUAUGGCUCAACAGCAAAAGUGUAUGGCUCAAAGAGCAAAGUAGUGAGACUGCUGAAGUGACCCUUCAGAAUUGUGUACAUCUUGUAGUUUAUUAGGGAAAAGAAAAAUGUUUAGUCAAACUGAAAAGCAAUUUUAAUGAUGAUUCUUAAUUAAAAUGUCUUAUUGAGUUCAGGUUUACACUUACAACUUUUACCCCAAUUUUUCUAUUUCAUAUAUGUCAGUGCCUCACUGAGGUCCUUGCUUUUUAUAGAGGUAGAGUGUAUAAAACAAAUGUUUUAUGGUACGGCAUGUUUGGGCCAUUAAAUGAUUGGUACUGCUUGCGUUUUAAAUAAGGAUCUGGAAGAGUAUUGAUUGAUUGUUGAUCCAGUAGAAAAGUUGUAGUGCAAAAAAGAAAAUGUAAGAUUGCGCAGGUUAUAAGGAGCUAUGGGUGGGAAGCAACAGCUUGUAUUUUUUAUUUGUUUGUUUGUUUAAUUGAGCUUUUUAAUAAAAAAAACGUAUCAUGCAAAAACAUUAAUUUUAGAAAUAAUCGAAAUUAAACAGAUGUCUGUGGGUCUGUGGAAAUUGAAGCAUAAGUGAUGAAAGGGUCUGAAUGUUGGGUUUGUUUGGUUUAAAAUGGUGACCAAUGUUUUCCACUGUUUUGUUAUGACGCAAGCUCUGUUAUGCUGACCUCCAUGCCUACCCUGUCUCUUGUCCAGUCUCUGUGUUUGGUCAGUAACUGACCUGAAAUGCUCCUCUUUUCUGUGACCUAAAGUGUGUGCCAGAAUAGGGGCAUGCUUGUGUCUCUGUAAGAGUGAAAACAUGCAUGUGUGAAUCCAUGCAUUGACUGUAUGCAUGCAUUUGUACUUGAUUACAUGUAUGAGUGUGUGUGGGCUUUGUUCGCUGGCCUGAUUUAAGGUACAGUUAUGUUACUGAUCUGCACAUUUCCUUUCUUUUGUUUCAGUUCUUUAGAGCAUGUUUUUUUGUUAAUUUGAACCCUUUUCAAGUUAAUUUUAUGUUUAACAUGCCAUAUGUCUAUAUAAUUUUGUACAUAAGCACUGCACAUGUCAGGUUCCAGUGGAUUGCUUUAGGAUGGGAGUUAGAAUCUGUCAGCCUCCUCUGAAAUGUACAGAAGUGUUCUCUGUAUGUCAGUGUCUUUUCUUUUGUGAAAAGGAAUCUAAAGUAGACUUCUCUGAGUGUAAAGUGUUCUGUUCUCUGAGGAGAGCCAGCUCCCUCCUGUCUCUUUCACCUGCUCAGAGAAAAUCUCAAGUGGGACUUAAUGCAUGCAUGAAUUGGACGACAACCCCCUCCUCCCUUUCCUUUUCUUUUUUUUUUAUAAACAAAAUCUAUUUUAUGCACUCGAGGAGAACAUUUGAAACACUCCUCUACAAUGUUUAAGAUGAAUGCAGGAUCAAAACAACAAAAUAAAUGUAUAUAGCAAUGGAGAAAACAUGUACAUACAUUAUUGAGGUACUAUUAACUGAUAAAAAAUAAAGAAUGACUGGUAGU